ACUCAACAACAACAAUUCUAUUCACCAAAAUCCUUUGUUUCCAACUCUUUCUAGUCAGACUUUUUGACGAAGGGUAAAAAUAAAUGGCAGACAGCUCUCAAAGUUUGAGCUACCAAGUUGGAGAAGCCAAAGGCCAAGCACAGGAGAAGGCGAGUAAUCUGAUGGAUAGGGCAAGUGGUGCAGCCCAAUCAACUAAGGAGUCAUUACAAGAGGCAGGACAACAGAUACAAGCUAAAACGCAAGGUGCAGUUGAUGCGGUCAAAGAUGCUAGUGGCAUGAAGAAAUGAAGUUUUUCUAUUAUCAUUUUCUAUUGUUUCUAUGAAUGAGGAUUUAAAUUAAGUUGUCAUUUUAAUUAUUAUGUUUUCACUUUUGUAUUUUGUUGGUG